AUGGCGUCGAAAAACGCGACGCACAAUGCCGUGCCGAAGCUGUACAACGACAUCAUCAAGGAUGUGAUCAGUUCGGUGCGCGACGACUUCAUGAACGAGUCGAUCGAUGAAUCCGUGCUCGAGGACUUGAACAAACUCUGGCUCAAGAAGCUCGAGGACACGGGCGCGACGAGAACACUUACGUCUUCAGCUGUCACCGCCAUCAACAAAAACGUUUCAGACUCGCACGGAGGAAGCAAUGUCGUCUACGUCGGACCAAAAGGAAGGAACAAUCUAACGCUGCCGGGAAGGCAUCCAGUUUACAAAAAACCAGAUGGAGUCGUUUAUCCCGAGAGAACGACGAUCGUCAACUCGACUAGCCAAAACAGCCGCUUUCCCAAUCAGAAACCUAGAUUUACGAAUUUCACGAGCGGAGAUAAACAAAUUGGAAAUUCGACGCGACGUUUCAUUCAAAUCCCUUCAAAUAACAGUGCAGGAGUGAUUCAGCAAAAGUAUCAAACUAUUUCUAGCAGUACUGUCAAUAGAGCGGUCCGGCCAAACCCGAAACCGUACGGACAAGCGCGAACAGGAGGAGUAGUUCACUCAACAGCGCCAGUGAAUAUCAGCCCUACCUCUGGCGGCCAGAAUCAGCGACAGGCAGUGAUAAAACAGAACACGCAAACAGUAAUCAGCGGAAACAGACGGAUGCCGCUAUAUUCCAACCAAAUCGCCCAGAAAAACGAGGCUCAGAUGGCCCAGCAUCGAGGACAAGCGCAGAGUAAUCAACAGGCAGGGGGACAGUUACAGAGCAUGAACGGGCAGCAGUCCGUUCAGCUAAGCAGCCACGAACAGCAGUCGAAUCUGAACGACAGUUACAGCUCAAACGAAUACGGAGUCGAAUCGGCGUACUCCAGCUCAGCCAGCCAGAACAAUAUCUACUUUUCACAGACGGACGGUCCACUGGGCGACGACGAAUUCGACAGCGACUCGAGCUUAGAAGAUAGCGACGAGGAAACCGAGGAGAUCCAAAACAGCGAGCCGGCCGAGGCGGAAAACCCACUCGGCUCCGACGAUGAUUUGGACGGGGCGGACGACGACGACGCAAUUUUCGAAACAGACAACCAAAUAGUGUGCCAGUACGACAAAAUCCAGCGCGUCAAGAACAAGUGGCGCUUCUGCCUCAAAGACGGGAUCAUGCACCUGCACGGGCGCGACUUCGUCUUCCAAAAAGCCAGCGGCGACGGCGAAUGGUAA